AUGGGGAACACUCAUCCAUUGCUGGUUGGAGUGUGUUUGAACAGGUACUAUGGAAAUCAGUGUCACAGUUUCUCAGAAGUAAGUGAGUUGAUCUACUUCAAGAUCCAGCUAUAUUGGUGUAUCAAAGAGUUUCUCAAUAGUCCAGAACAGAAUAUAACAAAGGUUUAUUUAUUUGAGGAUAAACUCACAGUAAUGGAGAGUAUGAGGGUUUACUUACAUAAGGAGAAUCACUCAAAAAAUCAUGAAAGUUCACCUCAUCACUUGUGCGAGCUCACAAAAGACAGAAACCUGGAGCAUACUGCAGUGUUCAGGCAGUUGGAGAGUAUAGCUUCCAAGGGCCUCAUUUCAUCUAACUUCUUUGAAGCUGGUUUCUACUUCUUUGAGGCUGGUUUCUACUUCUUUGAGGCUGGUUUCUACUUCUUCUGGUCUGCUCUCAAUCUUAUUUGCACCUUGGCUUGUUUACUCUGGGAGGGAGGGGUUGAUGGGGUGGUAGAGUGUUCUCAUUCUCUGUCUCUUAUUAAUGAUGCUGCAGUUAACCUGGAAGAUCAGAAAUCUCCUCAGAUCCUGAUUUCAUUUCUUUCUGAUACAUACCAGGAGAGGGGAGUUACAGGACCAUAUGAUGGUGGAAGUGUACAUAUAGAUGAGCAAGAAGUUCUUUCUCAUAAUUUUUAUUUGCUUAAUUUAAUUAGCUUAAUCCAGUUUAAUUUUUCUUACACUAGGUCGUUCAAUAUUCUUGGCUUGAAGAAAAAUGAAAACAGCUCUGAGGUGUCACAAUUUGUUCUUCUGGGUCUGUCAUCUUCCUGGGAGCUGCAGUUAUUUCUCUUCUUCGCAUUCUUAUUGAUUUUUGCUGUUAUUAUUCUGGGAAACCUUUUGAUAGUGAUGGUGGUACAGGCUGAUGCUCAUCUGUUCCAGUCUCCCAUGUACUACUUCCUAAGUCACCUGUCUUUCAUUGACCUAUGUCUGAGUUGUGUUGCUGUACCAAAAAUGCUAGGAGAUUUCCUACAGAAGGAGAAGACAAUAUCCUUCUCGGGAUGCCUGGCCCAGAUCUUCUUCCUUCACUUUCUUGGAGCCAGCGAGAUGUUUCUGCUGACUGUAAUGGCCUAUGAUAGAUAUGUUGCCAUAUGCAACCCUCUGCACUACCUAGCGGUCAUGAAUAACCACCUGUGUCUUCAGUUGGUGUUUGCCUGCUGGUGUGGAGGUUUUAUCCACUCUAUCACACAGCUCAUUAUUGUCAUCCAAUUGCCUUUCUGUGGUCCAAAAGAACUGGACAACUUCUAUUGUGAUGUCCCUCAGGUCAUCAAGCUGGCCUGCAUGGACACUUUCUUGGUUGAGGUGCUGAUGGUCUUUAACAGUGGCUUAUUGUCUCUUAUAUGCUUCUUGGUCCUGCUCUUUUCCUAUGCUCUCAUCCUGCUCGCUCUGAGAACUCACCUCCACCGGGGCCAGAGCAAGGCACUGUCCACCUGUGCCUCUCACCUGACAGUGGUCAGCUUGAUCUUUGUCCCCUGCGUAUUCAUCUACUUGAGGCCAUUUUGCACCUUCUCUGUGGAUAAAGUAGUCUCUGUGUUUUACACAGUGAUCACACCUAUGCUGAACCCUCUCAUUUACACGCUGAGAAAUGCAGAUAUGAAGCGAGCUCUAGAAAAGCUGAAAAGAAAGCAGGUGACAUCCCACUGCCUCAUUAAAGGAUUAGAGGUAUAA